UUUUACAAAAAGUAUUAAUAGUGAUGAAGAGUCAAAUACUAAUAGCAAUAAAGAGUCAAAUACUAAUAGUGAUGAAAAGUUAAAUGCUAAUAGCAAUAAAAAGCCAAAUGCUAAUAGCAAUAAAAAGUCAAAUAUUAAUAGUGAUGAAGAGUCAAAUGCUAAUAGCGAUAAAGAAUCAAAUACUAAUAGCAAUAAAGAGUCAAUUACUAAUAGUAGAAAAGAGUUUAACUAUACUGAAUUUUUG